AUGCCAAAUUUUCAAUUUGUCGCUGCAAAUGCAGUGCCAAAUAUUCAAUUUGUCGCUGCAAAUGCAGUACCAAAUUGUCAACUUGUCGCUGCAAAUGCAAUGCCAAAUUUUCAAUUUGUCGCUGCAAAUGCAGUGCCAAAUUUUCAAUUUGUCGCUGCAAAUGCAGUACCAAAUUGUCAACUUGUCGCUGCAAAUGCAGUGCCAAAUUUUCAACUUGGCGCUGCAAAUGCAGUACCAAAUUGUCAACUUGUCGCUGCAAAUGCAGUGCCAAAUUUUCAACUUGGCGCUGCAAAUGCAGUGCCAAAUCUUCAAUUUGUCGCUGCAAGUGCAGUGCCGAAUUUUCAAUUUGUCGCUGCAAAUGCAAUGCCAAAUUGUCAACUUGUCGCUGCAAAUGCAAUGCCAAAUUUUCAAUUUGUCGCUGCAAAUGCAGUGCCAAUUUUUCUAUUUGUCGCUGCAAAUGCAGUGCCAAAUUUUCAAUUUGUCGCUGCAAAUGCAGUGCCAAAUUUUCAAAUUGUCAACUUGUCGCUGCAAAUGCAGUGCCAACUUGCAGCGAGAACUAUAAAUGCUUCGUAG